AUGAAGGUUUUUGCAUUUCUCUUAAUAUGGGCUUCGCUCUUUACUCAGAUAUUAUCCAUUCCGCCCGAGCUUUUAGACUUCUUUAAGUCAAUUGCAGAGAAAACCAAAUGUCGAACACUUAAAAAUUCUCUCCCGGCCCCAGAGGUGGCAUCUGGGUACCAGGCAAAACUAGCCAUCACUGAGCUAAGGGAUCCUCGCCAAAUUCUCUUUGAUAAACAGGGUAGACUACUCGUAGUUGACAGAGGUAUCGGGGUUAAGCAAUUCAAAGUGGAUAGGUGCGGGCUCCUGGUAGGAAGUACAACAAUUAUUGAGGAUUCCAACCUUAACCAUGGUCUUACAAUCUCUACCGAUGGCAAGACACUUUUUGCAUCAACCUCGGAUAUAGCCUAUGGAUGGAGUUAUGAUACAGAUAGUGGAACAGUUUCCAAUAAAAAGGCCUUGGUGACGGGAAUGUCGUCCGGCGGGCAUACUACCCGCAGUCUUCUAGUGCCCGACGGGAAUCCUGAUAUCCUGCUCAUUAGUGUGGGAUCUGACGGAAAUUUUGACCAAGGAACCAAAGAGUAUUCUUCGGGUCGCUCUCAAAUUCGCGGAUUUCAAUGGAAAGACCUGCUCUCAGAAUCAGUAGAAUAUAAAGAGGGUGGGACAAACUUCGGCUGGGGGCUUCGGAACAGCGUUGGCCUACGGGACGACAAGAAGGGGCAACUCUGGAGUGUAGAAAACUCUGCGGAUAAUAUCAAAAGAGACGGUGUCGACGUUCACACUGAUAACCCAGGCGAGGAGCUUAACUUUCACGGCUCAGUUCGUGACACUAGCACCUCAAGAAGGAAUUACGGCUACCCCUCCUGCUUUACUGCUUGGGAUCCUUCCGUAAUUCCUGAUCACGAGGAUAUUGCUAGGGGACAGCAGUUUUCUCUCGAUUCCGAGGUGGAUGAUGCUAAGUGUGCCUCGGACUACCAGGCUCCGAGACUUGCUUUUCCUGCCCACACCGCACCACUGGAUAUCAUCUUCGACAAGGCUGGAGACGCGUGGGUUACUCAACAUGGCUCAUGGAAUAGAGAUCCUCCAAUUGGCUACCAAUUAAUCACAAUCCCUUUCGAUAACAAAACCGGAGAACCGAAGGCGGACAGUUCAUCAGAUACAGGCUUCAAAGCAAUAUUUUCGAAUAAAGACCUGAACUCUUGUCCCGGUCGUUGUUUCAGACCGACAAGUUUGGCUAUCGCCGAUGAUGGGGCAAUCUUCAUGAGUUCUGAUUCUACCGGAGAAAUUUAUAGGAUCGAGAAGGAGCAACCAGGGCGACCUAGUCGUGCCAAAUGGCCAUAA